AUGAUAUCGAUGCGAUGCAUGCGCCACGACGAGUCCGACUCGGCCCUUCCAAGACGGUACCAAGGUGCCAGGUUCGUCAGGGAGGAGGACAAGGAGGGAAGCAGCAGCAGCCAGCAGCCAUCAGCCAUCAGCCAUCGGUCAUCAGCAAGCUACAGUACAAGCUGCAAGCAACAAGCAACAAGCUACAAGAAGCAAGCAGCAAAUGGAUCCGAGGUGCUGCUGCCGUUUCGGGCAUGGUGGGUGAUCGCGGAAGGAAGGACAACCGGCGAUUUCCAAGAUAAGCCAAUCACCAUCGACGCUUCGCAUGGUCUCGAGGCCCACCUUGAUGAGAUACCUGGGUACAAGUUACGGUACUUCUCGCCGACCGUGGUACCGCGCUCAAUUUGGGUGGGCUCCCUGCAACUGGCCGACGAGAUGCUGCAGCAAGUCAGUCUAGCGGCAGGUGGGCUAUUACUCGUCUCCUCCUCCUCCUCCUCCUCGACCAAAGGCGCAGCAGCACAAGCAAGCUGA